GACCGACCAACCUGCCUCCCGACCCGACCAAGCUCGUGAGCCUGACUCCUUCUCCAACCCACCAAGGCGCAACAACACGGCAGACCAGAACACUGAGUCGCAAGUCUCAAGUCCAGGCCCAACAGCAAGGACAGUCCGACCUCAACCCAGUAUCUUCACAACUGGAAAUCUGCUGCCAAGUCACCCUGCACUUUCUUGGACCCAUCAUCAUCUCAUCUCGAUCGACUGCCCCCUGCUUUGGCCUGCCAGCUCCUCUGGCACCUCCAUGGGAAGGUCGUACCAUUCGCUCGCGGAAAUCGAAACUCAGAAAACAAUCAUGCCUAUGUCUAGGCCAGAUUCAACAAAAUCCAGUAUUCACCCAUCCAACAUCAGUAUUCUCCCAGACUUGCAAUCCACACGAAAUCAAUCCUCAGCCAUAGAUCGACCACCCGGCCCGGCCACUGUGAGUUAGCCACAAAUAGACCAACCAACCUCGAGUAGAACGUAAAUCCUGUCAAGCCUCGCGAGCCGUUGCCGCCGAGGCCCCCCACCAUGGAACAAAACAAGCAGACACCAGCCCGGCGACGCCGCCCCGGCAAACCGCCCUCGGGCCGCAAGAACUACGCAUCUGAGGGCGACGUCCUCACGAGCAUGCCCUUCCCAGCUGACUAUCCUGCGACGCCGCUCAAGUCCAAGAAUGCCAGCCCUGCUCCUGGUUCCCAAGCUACCCAUCCCAAGUCCGCGAAGCACAACAACAGGUCGGCCCGACCCGCCCACGUCUCGAUAUCUCCUGGUCCUGCUAGGCCUGGUCGCCGCACUCCGCCGCACUCUGCAAACAACAAAGCCGGCUCAGCCGCCUUCGCCGGCGCCAAUUUCCAUGCCUCCCCCGCUCCGGGCUCACUCCCCAUGCCAAGUUUCUUCAGGAUGAGAUCCGAGUCAGCCACUGUGAACGGACGCACCAAAGAGCCGUCGCCGCCGGCCUCUGACUGCGAUUCUCCGAGUCCCUCUCAACCCGCAACCGUGCCCCAGGUUCGCCGUUACCAGUCUCCGCUUGACGCCCUUGAUGCCCUCUUCGAAGCAGACCGCGCUGAGAAAGAGCGGGCCUGCAGGACGAACUCGGCAAACGCGGCGGCUGCUGACGGUCCCUUCUCCCCACCCUCCGAGGGGCGGACGGGCCGGAAUGGCAGCUACUCCUUUGAUCCAAUCCCCUUGAAGCUCCCUCACCGCCCGGCUCAGGGUGGCAAGCCCGGUCCCAACAGCACUGCUGCGUCCGGUCCGCGGCCUGAGCCCUUUGCUUUGCCCAUGCACGAAAAGCUUCGGGCCGCAGGGCCUGCUGAAAACAAGACAUCACAGCACGUCCAACGGCAAGGUCAAGGUCAAGCGCAAGGCACCCCUCAGCACCUGGCCACUCCGCCUCGUCUGGACGAGAGGAGCGAGGCGGUCAAGAGACUCCUUGGAAUUGGCACCGGGACGCCUGCUGCGAGCCCCGUCUCAUCAUCGACGCAGCAUCAGACCCAUUACCCGGGAGUCCUGCCAUUCGCUGCUGCUUCGCACAGCUCCCCUCAGCUAAGCAGCGGGGCAUCCGGUGUACAAAACGGAGGCUCGGUGGGUCCAGAAGAUUGGAAAUACCGCGGAGAGAACGCGCUCCGACAGGCGCUGAAGCUCCCCUUCCCGAUGGGAGCCGGACUCGAUGGUAACAGCAGCCCCCAGCAACAACCAGGCCCCUCCGCAGGGCGUGCCUAGGCCGACUUUACAGAUUCUGUAUCUCGACUACCUCUACUCUCUGGUUCUUUCGCGCAUAGCAUUUCGGAUUUUCAUAGCGCGUCAAUCUCCUGAGACGCCAGUUCGGUCAUUACUCGUUUUACUUUGGCACUUACCUCAUAAUUCUGCAUAGAUGUGCAAGGGCGGGUUCUCUUUCCACGCGUGUCUUCUCAAGUCGAGUUCCUUGGCGUUGUGACAGCGGACGUUGCCUGCUGCUUUCUGCAUGGGCUGGCUGGACAGUGGGCCCGGUCUAUCAAGAGAUCGGGGUGGGUUGACAACUCCAUAUCUCAUAUUUUCUCGGCGUUUCUCCGGGCGUUCACCGGCUUACGGAUGCUGCGACUUGGCACAUGGCAAGGCCGGCCUUUAUGGAUUUCUUUUACUCUAUUCGACAAAUGUACAAUGGAGGGCAUCUUAUCUGGCGGUUCAUCUGGUAUGAGAGCUACGGCAUGGUUCUGGUUCUUGGUGAUGCUGGUGAUACCCACUUCGACUGGCGUUCGUCGUUGGAGCAAGAUCGGUCUGGGAAGGUGUUCUGGGGAGGCGGCCGAAGACGUAUGGGGAGCAGGGCGGGCCUUGGGUUCGAGCUGCAUCGUGGCCCGAAGCCAGUGAAGCCCUGUUCCAGGGAAGGCUCACAUUUGGGCAACAACAAAACUAUAAUCUUUUUUUCCCCGGUGGUACAAAGGUGGUCCUGUUUCAAUCACUAGGCAUGGUCUUUAGCUUUAGAGUGCCUAAUCCAUCUUUUUACUGGCG